UAUUCUUGAAUUUUUUAAUUACAAAGUCAACUAUCAUGAUUUUUGGUUAUAAGUAUAUAGAAACAAAAAGGUUAGUUCGUAGUAAAUAGGACAAAAAUCUUUCCGUAAGUCCGAGGAUACUUUAGACGUAUUCAGAACACGUUCGGAAUUAGUUAUCUUGCUCUAUGAUCACAGAAUUUUAAAUUCCGAACAUGUUAUAUUCGCACAGCAACGCACAAUUUCACAUUGAACAUAUCAUGUUCAGGAUCUCUACCGCGAACAAAGUUUUAUUCUUUAAGACAUUUUUUUACAUUUUGAAUAUAAUUUUUCCUCUUAUAAUUGAAUUAAAAAAAGAAUAUUAAAAAGAGCCAAAGAUAUAUUAGUUGACAAUUUUUGGACAAACACAUAUUGCAAGACUGAACCCACCGUCUCGCUGAUCAAUAAAAACUCGUGGUAUUGUCGUGCCUAAGAAGCGGCAAUGAGGUGAAGUAGAUCAAUAUUUGUGUUACUUGUCUCAUUGGUACUGUAACAUUGACUCAAUCCUACACAAAUACUACAAGAUCAUGGAAUCAACCAAAAAGUACUUGAGGAGUCUUUUGACUGCUAACCCUACUGCCAUGACUGUACGUCAAGUUAGUAUAGAUUAUCAAAAUACUAUAGGAGAGUCUAUUCCAUAUACAAAAUUUGGUUAUACUUCGUUAGAACAGUUUCUUCGAUCGAUUCCCGAUACUGUACAGUUACAGGGCACAGGGCCAUUUGCUCUUGUUAAUCUUGUAGUAUCUGAAAAAUCAUCUCAUAUCGUAGCAUUAGUAUCCAGGCAAAGAGUAGAGAGGAGAAAAGGGCUUAGAUAUCCAUUAAUGAAAAGAACUGUGGUAUCAACCCCAAAUGUUUUAAAAAAUUAUACACCUCCUGUAACAAGAUCACAAUCACAAAAAAUAGUAUAUCCUACUAUAAAACCAAGUAAUUCAUCAACAAUUAAUACUGUAUCAACUUCUGCUUCAAAUUGGAAACAAACUUUUAAAAAUAAAUUCACUCUGUCCAAUAAUUCAAUUGAUUCUGAUACUAAAAAACAAAAUUCUCAAGAGAACUCAAAUGGUCUUAUGACCGAAUCAACUAUAAGAUAUAAACCAUCAAAUGGCGAUCAUAAUAUGGGAAAAAUUACAAAAAUGGUAGAUGGUAUGAAAAUUUCAAAGGCAACUGAUGGUAUACAGAGAUGGAAUCAAAGUCAUAAGUCAAGUAGUAGUGAUCAAAUGACAGAUCCAGAUGAGGAUUACACAAUUAGUGGAACAAGUACCAGUGAUAAAGUAAACAUAGCUGAAGAUGUAGACCCGUCUGAGGAAUGUGUACCAGUUGCUGUUAGAAAUAACUUAAAAAAGUUGAUUGCAAAGUAUCCCGAUGGUAUUUGGUGUGCAGAGCUACCAGCUAUUUACAGAAAAAUGUUCAGAAGGGAGCUCAAAUACCACGACUCGGGAUUCAGGAGUCUAAUAGAGCUAUGUACUUGUUUAAAAUCGAUAUUUCAUUAUGUAAGACCGUCUGCUGAUGAUUUCAAAUUGUACGAUAAAAAUAAACCAUUACCUGAUACAGCUGAAACUGUAUUUACAAUAGCGAGUUAUAGUAAUAAAAGUUCUUCAAACAAUGCUCCAGCUUUACCUAGCAUAGACUGGACUGAUGUACUUUUAUUCAUUCCACCUGAUAUUUUUAAACCUGGUCAAGAGAUACAAAGAGCUUUUAUACCUGAAACCGCCCAGGAGGGUGAUACUAUAGAAAUUGUGGUCGGGGAGGUAUUUGAUGUUUCCAAAUUUUGGGUUUAUAAAGAUGAUGGAAAGCUUGAUAAACUUAUGGAUAAUAUGCAAUUGUUUUAUGGUGAACAUGCAGAAACGUACAAAGUACCUCAACAUCUCAUCAGAGAGGGACUUUAUUGCGUUUCGAUUAUUUUUGGAGAAUACCACAGAGUUCUUGUAGUCAAUGCCAUGUGUGAAGGAACCGAUGAAAUUAGGGUGUUUUACAUAGAUUAUGGUACAAUCAAACAAGAAAAACCCAAUUUGUAUUUCUUGCAUGAAAAAUUUGCUGAAUUACCAGCUCAAACGAUAAGAUGUAGAUUAGCUAACAUUUGCCCGCCAGAAAAAGGUGCUCCUUGGUCCAGAGAAUGUACCGAAGAAUUUAAAGUGCUGCUUAAGAAGAGAGACCUAAUGGCGAAAAUUAAUAGAAUCAAUUGGGAAGAUAAAUAUUUGGAAGUUUUGCUUGCUGAUGUUACUGAUUCGGAAAAUGUAUUUUACAUAAACAACGUCUUAGUAGAAAAAGGUUAUGCAAUAUUUGCUUAUCAAGAACCGAAGAUUAGUAUAGUUAAUUCGAUAUGUACCCCCAUUGUAAAUUUAAUUCAUUUAUUUCCGACGUUUAUGGAACUAGAAAAUGGAUUGGCGCCUUCCACAUCUGAAAUGGAAACGUACUCUAGCUGUAAUGUACCAAUAAAUUUUUGUUAUCCUCAAUAUUUCUUUUUCGAUCAUUCGGAAGAAGAAAAGAUAAUCGAACACGUUACGAAUUUUUAUGAAUCUCGUAUUCUGAAAGGUUUAAGAUCGGAAAUACACAGAAAUUUUAACGUAGACGUCGAUAAGAUUACAGAAAAACCGAUAGAUUUUUCGCAUUUUAUGGAAUUAGAAGGGGAGUUGAGACAGUUUUGGGAAAAUCAGAAUAUAGGAGGUGGUGAAUGCGAGGAGGAGGAGGAGGAGGAGGAAAACACUUCUUCUGUUGAUAUAAUUAACGAUGAUUUAGUAACAAAUAUAUCGAAGAAAAUAGAGAUGUGGAAAACCGAUACUAUAAAUGAACUUAGAGGAGAUUGUAAACUUUCCGAAGAUAUUAUGGAAAUUUUAGAUACCGGUCGAUUAAAUAGUGAAUCGGUGAACUUGGAUUGUUUGGAAAAUAAUACAAAUCAAUCGGAUUAUCAAGGAAUAAGCGUAGAAAAUAUUCCUUUCGAUGAUUUUCGAUCGAUUUCGAGGAGUAAUAGCUGGCAUAGUUCGAUUACCAACAACACUUACCCUUCGUUUAGAACAGAUUCUCAACAAGUCAGUUUUGAAUAUCCCGAAUCGAGCAAGGAAAAUUUAGAGACUCUGAAAAGUGACGUGAAAGAAAAUGAUUUAUUUAGAAACAGCCAUGGUUCUGAUAAAGUUGGAAAAUUGGUAUUGCAUCCUACGAAUCCUUUUUUGACCAAUGUAUUAGAAGGUGAAGAGACCAAGCAAGAUAUCAUCGGCAAUAAUGGAAGAUUACAUCCGAACAAUCCAUUUUUACACCAUAUAAAUAAAAACAAUGAAGAAAUUUCUGAUGUACGGUCCGAUUCAUCGGGAUCGACUUCAUAUAAAACAAACGUAGAAGAAACAAAAGUCGAUAAUGCUUGGUCGACAAAAGAUUAUCGAUAUUACUAUGAUGGUUCGUUUUCUUCAAUCAGUACCGAAGAACUAAAACCAGAAGAUGACAAAUCAACUAAUCCAAGUAUCAGUUCAGCCUCACCGUCUCCGAGUAGUAAAUAUUGCAGUGUACAAACUAACUUGGGAUUGGACGUUAACAAACCGGAAUUUAUUCCUCAGGAUUAUUUUUUAACGGAUCGUUUUCAAUAUACUUGUUAUCCCCCUCAGCAUCCUACUCUUUACAAUCCUUAUUAUCAUCAACGGAGUCAUUUUAUAAUGGCGUCUUCGAUGAUACAAAGUCCAGCUAUGUCUGCACCGUUUAGUAACAGAAUUUCGAUUUGUCCUCCUCCGGGUUUCUCUAUUAAUUCAAAUGUAAUCAUGCAAGGAAAUAUGCCGGAUUUUUAUGAGGCUCACAAUGAAAGGUUGACAGGCAGUUUUAGAUCUUAACUUUCUGUUAUUUGGAAGUAUUAUGAACAAUCACUUGUUGUAAAAGUGAGUUUCUAUAUGUAAAGUUGUAAAAAUGUUUAGUUUUGUUAUUAUAUUGUUGAACGAAAGUUAGUUUUUGUUUUGUUUUAAAUUAGAAGUGACAAAUUCUGAUUUUUAUAAUGAAUUCAGUUGAUUUAAUGUUUAUUUGUUGAACCAUGAUGAAAUUGGUUGAAAUUUCAUUGAAAAUUUGUAUGUCGUUUACAGUUACACAGGAACACAAGUUUAUUCGAAAUAUCAAUGUCUAAAGAUUUCCUUUUAUUUAUUUAUUUAUUUAUUUAACAAAGAAAGCCAGGACAGGAAUUGUCAGAAAGUCAUGGAGCUUCCCUAAUUUUUGAAAAAAAUUUAUACGAAAAGCUCAGAAUUGUUAACUCCAUUUUUUCAAUAAUAGUGAUCGCCUUUUCAGGAUGCUCUGUUAUCCAUUCAUUCGAAGCCUUAUCACAAGCAUUCUUGUGAAUAACACACCCUGACAUCAAGGGUUGUAGUCUAUGGGUAACUUUAACAUAAUAAUCCCAUUUUGUUUAGCAAAUUUUAAAUAUUUAAUUGUGGUUAUCUAAUAUCAGUCGGCAGUCACCCAUUUUGGUAAAUUUGUUGUACCAGUUAAGGGGAGCUCCUAUUAACAUAAUGGGAUUGAGAUUCACCCUGGGAAAAACCAUAAAUGGAGUAAUUUUUCACACCACUAAUCAUACAACAAAUUGUCACUAGUUGAAAACGUUCUCUAACUGAUUUUUUUCUUUUGGAAGUAAUAAUCUUCUUAGGUUUCUGAACAGUCCUGUAACCUAUUUCAUCUGCAUCAAAAGUGAUGGAUUCCUCUUCUAGAACUUUUUAAGCCAAUCAAUCAUACAAAUUUUUCGAUAUGUUAAAUCAAUGUUCAUUUUGGAACAUGUUUUCUGACAUUCUGAAAGUUCAGCUCCAUGUUCUCCGGUAAAUGUUUUUCUUUUAUAACUUGAUAUCAUUAGGUCGUUAGGUCUUUCCAUCCUCAUUAUAUUGUUUCGCCAUUCUUUUCGUAAAGCAUCUACAACCCCUAACUUCAUUAUUUCAGGAUCUCUUUUUUUCAUCUAAUCAAGUAUCAAUAAUUUGAGAAACUUAGGGUAUUAUUCAAGCUAAUCGUUGUCAUUUUUGGUCUGACUGUCUAAGUUUCUGAAAUUUUUUUAUUGGAAACUGCAUCUGUACUGGAAUCUUUUAGACAUACAUAUAUAUUUCUACUUAAUUUGUAUUAAAAUCCAUAGUUUUUAAAAAUUCAAUAAAAAACAAGUGUAAAAUUAAGGAUCAACUUCAAAUAACUUGGGAGGUCAUAGACAAUAAAAAAAUUAGAUUUUCGUAUUACUCUUGAAUACAAAUUUUCAUCAAAAUAUCACUAGUUAUUUCAGUUAAUGUGGUAUACCAUUUAGGUAUGUGAGUAUAUGAGUCACAUUUAUUUUAAAUUUCAAAAUGGUAAACUUGGUAAUCCUAAGGCACAAAAAAAAUUACAUUUUAGAAAUUUCGAGAAACAAAAUCAAAAUUAAGAAUAAUUGUGUUGCUUUCUUAAUUCGUUAUAUUUAAUAACAAUUUGGUGCAGACUCAUGUUUCUACAAAAAGUAAUGUUGUGUUUGUUUUUACCUCUAUGGUAUUAUUGAGUUUCUAUUGAACGUUUUGAGUUAUUUUUGUUUACCAUGGAUACAAAAAUUUUGUAAUGCAGAAUGUGUCAAAAAUAAAUUUUUUAUAAAU